AUGACUAGUAUAUGUGCGGCACCGCAGUGUGGUAAAGAGACGGAGUCGAUGCUCAAGUGCCCCGUGUGUCUCAAGGAAGGAAUAGACAAUGUCUUUUGCAACCAGACUUGUUUCCGAGGAAGCUACGGGAUCCACAAGGCCCAGCACAAGUCCGAAGAUGGCGAAGAAUCCUAUAUUCCGUACCCGACAUUCAACUACACCGGGGACGUGAGACCUCGGUACCCUUUAUCACCUAGACGCGCCGUGCCCAAACACAUCAAAUUGCCCGACUACGCACAACAGGGGAAACCCAUAAGCGAGAUUAAGAAUGACCGUAUUGGCAGAAUACCAGUGUUGAGUGCCAAAGAAAUCACCAAGAUCCAGAAAGUGAGCAAGAUGGCCAGGGAGAUCUUGGACAUCACUGCUAGUCACAUCAAGCCCGGGAUCACCACCGACGAAUUGGACGAAAUUUUGCACAGAGAAUGCGUCAAGAGAAACGCAUACCCUUCGCCCUUGAACUACUACAAUUUCCCCAAAUCCAUUUGCACGUCGAUUAACGAGGUGAUUUGCCACGGGAUCCCCGACAAGACCAAAUUGAAGGACGGCGAUAUCGUCAAUUUGGACGUGACUAUAUACUACUUGGGGUUCCACUCCGAUUUGAACGAGACUUACUAUGUCGGAGAUAAGGCCAAAGCUGACCCCGACACUGUGCGGUUGGUUGAAACCACGAGGGAGUGUCUCGACUUGGCCAUCCAGGCCGUUAAGCCCGGAGUUGCUUUCAGGGAAUUGGGAAACAUCAUCGAGAAGCACGCAUCCGAGAAUAACUGUUCGGUGGUGCGGACUUAUUGCGGCCAUGGAUGCGGGACCUUGUUCCAUUGCCAGCCGAAUAUCCCUCACUAUGCAAAGAACAAAGCCAUUGGCGUUAUGAAACCGGGCCAGGUCUUUACAAUCGAGCCCAUGCUUAACUUGGGAACCUAUAAAGAUGUCACGUGGCCCGAUAAAUGGACCGCGGCCACUCAAGAUGGCGCCAAGUCGGCCCAAUUUGAGCAAAUGUUGUUGGUUACUGAAGAUGGUGUCGAAGUUUUGACUGCUAGAAAUGAAAACUCACCAGGUGGUGCUGUACCUAGAGUAUAA